AUGGCUCCCUCAUUUCUCUCAGCUACUCUUCUCUCGGUCCUUGCCGCCUCUUCAGCCGUGCAAGCGUCCAAUUCGACAACCUCAGUCUACGACUUUAUCGUUGUGGGAGGCGGUACUGCUGGUCUUGCUGUGGCCAGUCGCUUGAGUCAACAUCUGCCAAACAACACAGUUCUCGUCAUCGAAGCUGGUCCAGAUGGCCGCGAUGUACCUGGUAUCUACAUCCCUGGUAUGAAAGGCAGCACACUUGGUGGUAUUUACGACUAUAACUUCACUACUGUUGCGCAACCUCAUGCUGGCGGCCGCACUUGGGCCCAAAACCGAGGAAAGGUGUUGGGAGGGAGCUCUGCUCUGAACCUCAUGUGCUGGGACCGUGCUUCGGUGGCUGAAUAUGAUGCUUGGGAGCACAUUGGUAACCCUGGAUGGAAUUGGGACAGUAUGAUCUCAAGUAUGCUCAAGGUUGAGAAUUAUACGCAGAGUGUGCAUCCCGGGCAAGAGAUUGAUCAAGGUGUUGGAGCCGAUGGCCCCAUCCACGCGACAAUCAACAGAAUUCAACCGACUGAUCAGGACACCUGGAUUCCGACCAUGAAGAACUUUGGGUUCCCGGAAAACAUGGAGUCUCUCGACGGCAACCCUCUCGGUGUCUCGCUCCAGCCCAACAAUAUCGACACUGCUAGGUACACACGCUCUUACAGCCCCGAAUAUCUCAAGGUUGCUGGAAACAACCUUCAUGUUAUGACUGGAUCUCAAGUCGUUAAGGUCAACACCGAGAAGAGACGUGGCCAGGUCAUUGCUACCGGUGUUACACUCAAGGGCAACCUUACCAUCAAUGCUUGCAAAGAGGUCAUAUUGAGUGCUGGCUCAUUCCAGUCCCCUGGGCUGCUUGAACUCUCUGGUAUCGGCAACUCAUCUAUCAUUUCUGAAGCGGGUAUCAAGCCCGUACUUGAGCUUCCCACUGUGGGCGAGAAUCUUCAAGAUCACAUCCGCAUCCAAAACAGCUUCAAGCUCAAGAACACGACCUCCUUCGACGAGCUCAAAUACAACGCGACUUUCAAAGCUGAACAGCUGGCACUUUACAAUGCAAACGAGUUGUCUAGCUAUGACUACGCUGCUUCUGGCUUUGCUUACUUGACUUGGCCACAAGCACUUGGUAAUGAGUCUGCUGCAUUGAUCAACAUUGCUAAGAGUGCUACUAACGCUAAGACCUCCGUUGUCGACAAAACAAAACUUGACUUCAUGACCGGAACCAAAAGUCAUACUAUUCCUCAACUUGAGAUUAUCUUCAGUGAUGGGUACACUGGUCUCUCAGGCUACCCUCUUGUCAACUCUUCUGAGUACGGCUCCAACUACUUCACUCUGCUGAGUGUCAUCAUGCACACUCUAUCUCGUGGCCACGUUCACAUCAACACAUCCGACCCUCUUGGCAAGCCCAUCAUUGAUCCUCGCUAUUUCAGCAACGAGUACGACCUCCAGGCUGCCAUCGCCGCCGCGAAGCUCAAUCGCAAGAUCGCACAAACUGCACCCAUGAAGGACGUCAUCGCUGAAGAGUACGAGCCCAGCUCAGCAAUUCAAACUGAUGAGCAAUGGCGAGACUUUGCUCUCAACCAUACUUUGACCAUUUAUCAUCCCCUUGGUACUUGUGCUAUGCUUCCUAAGAAGGAUGGCGGUGUCGUUAGUCCCGAGUUGAAGGUGUACGGUACAAAGAACCUCAGAGUCGUAGAUGCUAGCAUCAUUCCUGUUCAGCUUUCUGCGCAUAUCCAGACGGCGAUUUAUGGUAUUGCUGAGCGUGCUGCUGAGAUGAUUGCUGCCGAGUGGUCUGCUUAG